AUGUCUAGUUUUCAAUUCCCUGUGGGAGAGGUGACGAUCACGCUGGACGACGUCUCGUCUCUUCUGCAUCUGCCCGUGGUUGGUGACUUGCAUGCCUUUCAGCCCUUACACAUGGAUGAUGCGGUACAGAUGCUGGUGGACUUAUUGAUGGUUUAUGCAGAGGCUGCCAAGGCUGAGAUAGGGCAAUGUCGUGGACCGUACAUACGUCUGGAAUGGAGUGCAACCAAUGUUCAUCUUGUGUUUUUGGAGGCCCAUUGUGACCUCAGUCAGACCGGGAGGUACGCCUGGGGAGUAGUUGCACUGGUCCAUAUGUACGACCACCUCAACGAUGCUUCUAUCAGCACCAACCGACAGCUUGGCGGUUACAUCAUGCUGCUGCAGUGCUGGAUAUACGAGCACUUUCCCUCGGUCGCGGAGUCCACUGAUGAUCCGAAAUAUGACAAGAAUUCACCGCGUGCUUGUAGGUGGAUUGCUACGAAGAAGACCGUAAAGAGCAUACGGCUCGUUGUUGUGUAUUACCUACCAGAGAGGGUCAUGCAACAGUUUGGAUACACCCAGACCAUUCUAGCUCUGCCUGUCGAUUCAUGGGUGUCGUAUGAUGAUAUACACGAUAGGUGGAUGCACUAUUUGAAUCAUAUGGUUGCACCAGGUGAGCCCCGAGUCGUCCCUCAGGUCCCACAGACAGAUAUCCCUCACGUGUCGGAGCCAGGAGCACCAUCGACGUCUGCAAGGCCCAUUGUGGACGAGCCUAGACAUGCAGUGGAAGUUUGCUAUGAGAUUGCUGAGAGGUUGGAGCGCCAUCUGAGCCUAGGGGUGGUCACGCCAGGCUCAUCGACACAUGAAGUGAUCAAAGAAUGCCUCAGGAUGGCCAGGAGUGUCACACAGGACCAGCUAGUAUAUGUUAGGUCUCGACGUAGGCGAUGCACGGACCAGGCGUAG